AUGUCUUCUUACGCAGACGCUGCAGCAAAGGGACCCAAGCAGUCCGCAGAGGAAGUAAGCAAUGACCGCGCAGGAAAGCCUGCCCAGGUUUACAGGGAUGAAUCCGAGGGCGCCGCCUCUUUGAUAGACGUUGAUUCCCCGCACGUCGCAUCUGUCGAGUCGAGUUUCCUGGAGCAAGAUGUCAAGACAACCACACAGGCUGAACGUCUAGAGCGCGAAGCAAAGGAGGAAGAAGACAAGAAGGCCCAAGAAAAGAAGCGCAAGGCCAAGGCCAAAGCUAAGGCUGAAGAUUCCGGGCUGUUUGCCAACAAAGGCAACCCUGUCGUCUUAGGGAAUGCCCUCUUGAUCACGUUGGCCAGUGCAGGACUAGGCUAUGGCGCGUACAGAAAGCAUCUCGAAGGCCAGCUAUCCUGGCAAAUUGUUGGGUGGGCAUCAGGAGCUGUUGGGGCUUUUGGUGCCGUGGAUUAUCUCGUCAGCAAAUGGCUUUUCCAAAACAAGUAUCCCCGCAAAUAA